AACAAGGUGUUAAAAUUAAAUAUUAAAAAGUUCAAAGUAAAUAGUAAACAAAAAACUAACCGUUCUUAUUGAAAAAGUUUAAACAGUUAGAUAUUCAAAUGACAAAUACUUUUAUUUUUCCUAUUUAUUAGGAUUACUGAUUAGUGUAUAAUGAGUAAUGCUAUACAAUAAUAAUGUCUAUGAAUAUAAAUGAUAUAUUUAUAGGAGAGGUUGCAUCUGUCCAAAACUAUGGGGCAUUUAUUAGAAUACCAGGAACCAAACAACAAGGUCUUGUACAUCGCACACAGUUGUCUAGAGUGCCUGUGGAUGAUGCUACAGAUGUUUUAUCUAAAGGUGAUAAAAUAUGGGCCAAAGUUAUUGGAACAGAUGAAGGAAAGAUUUCUCUAUCUAUGAAACUCGUUGAUCAAGGUAGUGGCAGAGAUUUAGAUCCCAAUGGAGUUCAAAUGUUUCAAGAUGAACAAAGAAGAAAGAUUCAACCCAAUUCGAAGGGUAAAAGAACAAUCCAAUUAGAUGCAGUUUAUAACACAAAGUGUGUAAGAUGUGGAACAGGUGGACAUUUAGCCAAAGAUUGUUUUAAAGGCACAUCUGGAAAAAUAUAUGAUCUUUUGCCAGAAGAUGAUGAGACUGAGGUAUUAGCACCUAUUCAAUCUGAAAAGUCUGAAGUAAUGAAUAAAGAUGAUUUAUCAACAAAUGAAAAAAGCAAAAAAAAGAAAAAGAAGAAAAAGUCUAGUGAACCAAAGAAAAAAAAGAAAAGAAAAAGACAUUUAUCGACUUCUUCAUCAAAUAGUUCCAGUUCUGAGGAGAGUUCAAAAAGAAAAUCGAAGAAACACAAAAAAAAGAAGAAGAAUUAACAAAAUACUUUUUAUUGGACAUAUUUCAAUAUAACUCACUGACUUAUAUAUCUAGUUCAUUUUAUUUUAAAAUGUUAAUAUUUAAUCCAUUUAUUAUUAGUGUAUAACCCAAGACUAAGAAAUAAAUACUAGAAAUAUA